AUGCCUGAGCCCGCCAAAUCCGCUCCAGCUCCGAAGAAGGGCUCCAAAAAGGCGGUGACCAAGGCGCAGAAAAAGGAUGGCAAGAAGCGCAAGCGCAGCCGCAAGGAGAGCUAUUCGGUCUACGUGUACAAAGUAUUGAAGCAAGUCCACCCUGAUACUGGCAUCUCGUCCAAGGCUAUGGGCAUCAUGAAUUCCUUCGUAAAUGACAUCUUCGAGCGCAUCGCUGGUGAGGCGUCUCGCUUGGCGCAUUACAACAAGCGCUCGACUAUCACGUCCCGGGAAAUCCAGACGGCCGUGCGCCUGCUGCUUCCUGGGGAACUGGCCAAGCACGCAGUGUCCGAGGGCACCAAGGCUGUCACUAAGUACACCAGCUCCAAGUAA